UGUAUGUGUGUGAGUCAUUUGAAAGCAAGUUUCCACACGAUAACCCCCAGCUCUUCCUCCGUUCUGCAGCUAACUUAACGGGACACACGGAGAAGGUGGGCAUGGAGAACUUCGAACUGCUCAAGGUGCUGGGGACGGGAGCCUACGGGAAGGUGUUCCUGGUGCGGAAGGUGAGCGGGCACGACGCGGGCAAGCUGUUCGCCAUGAAGGUGCUGAAGAAGGCCUCCAUCGUGCAGAAGGCCAAGACGAUGGAGCACACCAGGACGGAGCGGCACGUUCUGGAGCAGAUCCGCCAGUCGCCCUUCCUCGUCACUCUACACUACGCCUUCCAGACGGACGCCAAACUCCACCUCAUCCUCGGUGGGUCCCACCGCAGCCCACACCGGGUCGUCCAGAGGGGAUGGG